AUGUAUUCCUUCUUGCUGGAUUUUGUGGCUGCGGACAAUCACCGAUGGAAAUACGUGAAUGGGGAGUGGGUUCCCGGGGGUAAACCAGAGCCCCUGGCGCCCAGCUGCGUCUACAUCCAUCCAGACUCACCAAAUUUCGGGGCGCACUGGAUGAAAGCUCCCGUUUCCUUCAGUAAAGUGAAGCUUACCAACAAACUUAAUGGUGGUGGCCAGAUAAUGUUGAACUCUUUGCAUAAAUACGAGCCACGUGUCCACAUUGUGCGGGUUGGCGCACCACAGAGAAUGAUCACGAGUCACCCUUUCCCCGAGACGCAGUUCAUCGCAGUGACGGCGUACCAGAACGAAGAGGUCACUGCUCUGAAAAUCAAAUAUAAUCCUUUCGCUAAGGCUUUUCUGGAUGCCAAAGAAAGAAGUGACCACAAAGACAUAUCAGAGGAGGCUGGUGACCAAGGAGGCUAUUCCCAGCUGAGUGGCUGGUUCAUUCCUGGCUCUGGAGCUCUCUGUCCUCCCAGCAAUGCUCACCCCCAGUAUGGAGGCCCUCUGUCCCUGUCUGCACCCCACGGCUGUGACCGCUACUCUUCCUUGAGGAACCAUCGCUCCGCACCCUACCCCAGUCCCUACACCCACCGCACAACCUCCCCUACCGGCUACACAGAGAACUCUUCAGGAUGCCUGUCUGUGCUGCCGGCGGAUAACUGGUCCAGCUUACCCAUGUCUCCCCACUCUGGCAUGCUCCCCCUCAGCCACAGCACCAGCCCCACUAACACCAGCCAGUACCCCAGCCUGUGGUCCAUGAGCAACUCUCUGGCUCCGGUCUCGCAGUCUGGCGGGAUGUCCAGUGGCCUGGGCUCUCCGUUCCUGCGUGGAUCGACGGGCCACUACCCUGGCCUCACGCACCCCCUAGCAACGGCCCAUUCUGGCUCGCCUCUGUACGACAGCGCUGGCUCAGACCUGCAUCACGACUCCUCGCAGUUCGACACGUCACCCCACCUGCGUCUCUCCGCCGCUUGGACACCUGUCACACCCCCUUCUUUAUGAAGACUGUUGCCAGUCAUUUGUGGAUAUUUUAGGCAUCUAUG